CCAAAUGAAAGAUGGAGAAAAACUUUCAUUUUUCAUUUUAUUUUGUAAAUUACAGUGUAUUUCAUUCGUAGAUCGACUCCUUCAAAGUUCAAAGUCUAAGAUAGCAUUGGAAACCUGCAGAGCAUACGAAAUAAUUAAAAAGACAAUUGGAAAAGAAGAAUAAACGUAUCAUCGAGACAACUACAAUUAUUUGAAAUUUGAAGAAAAGACCCAUAGAUGAAAGGGAAAUGGAAAGGUUCGAAGAGAAAACUAGGGUUGCCAGCUGCCCUUCUACUGUGCUCACUCUCAUUCCUUGCUGGAUUGUUUGUUCCCACUUUUUUCUUUCAGGAUGUUCCGAUCAUUAAACCCAAGCCGAGAAUGCUCGAGGCAGUGCAGGAGAAGACGUAUCGUGAUCCGAUGCCAAAUGGAGUAACUGGGGAGAGUUCGAUUGAAUCUAUUCCAUUUCAGGUUUUAAGUUGGAAACCGCGAGCUUACUAUUUUCCCAACUUUGCAACUUCAGAACAAUGUGAACAUGUAAUAGAAAUGGCAAAGGUGAACCUUAAACCAUCUGGUUUGGCUUUGCGCGAGGGAGAAACUGAAGAAAGCACAAAAGGAACUAGAACAAGUUCGGGAACUUUUAUUAGUGCAUCAGAAGAUGAAACCGGGACCUUGGACUUAAUCGAGAAAAAAAUUGCAAAGGUUACAAGCAUCCCACAGAGCCAUGGAGAGGCAUUUAAUAUUUUGAGGUACGAGAUUGGGCAGAAGUAUGAUUCUCAUUAUGAUGCAUUCAAUCCGUCUGAAUACGGUCCACAAUCAAGCCAAAGGGUUGCAUCGUUCUUGUUGUAUUUAUCGGAUGUAGAAGAAGGUGGAGAAACAAUGUUCCCUUUUGAGAAUGACAUGAGAGUCAAAGGUUACGACUACAGACAGUGCGUUGGUUUAAAAAUAAAACCACGAAAAGGGGACGGACUUCUAUUCUAUUCACUCUUUUUGAAUGGCACGAUAGAUCCGACAUCUCUGCAUGGAAGCUGUCCAGUGAUCAAAGGGGAGAAAUGGGUUGCUACAAAGUGGAUUAGAGACCAAGACCAAAAUGACUGACUAUUCAGUGUUUCCGUAAAAAAAAUCACUGAUUAUCGGUGUUUAUUUUUGUUGUUGUUAAUCAUCAUAUAAACUCUGUUUUGGAGAGUAUAAUUCUUUAUGAAUUCACGCCCAUUUUCAAAACAAAAAUUCCAGAUAAAGUAACAUUUAGUCCUUGAAUUUGAUAAUUUUUUCUCACAUAAAA